GCCUGAACUACCCAAGCCGUGUUUCAAAGAGCGACUGCCGAUCUGUGCCGGGAGUCCUUGGCGCCACAAGUGCCCGCGGUGCCCGGGAGCAGCCGGCAGGGCCAACGCGGAACUGCCGGCGGCCAGACCCAAACUUUCCCGGCUGCGGCGCUGCCGCGGUGAGGACUCCGCUGCCGCGCCGCCCCCGGGAAGACGCCGACGGACUUUUGGGAAGAAGACCGCCCCGGGCGCUCAGCCCCAGACGCGCGCUGAAAGUUCGGCCCAGGGCGCGGGAGGCCGCCCGCCGUCGCCCGGCGCCCCCGGCGGGAGUGAGAUGGCGUUGUUAGACUCGGUCACUACUUGUCUUUCUCAGCCUGUGCAUUAUGCGAUUUGCAAACUUGGAUUUGAGAAAAAGGACACCUAUGAUAUUAAUAAUAUUUUAUCUGGAAACGGUGAAGUAUGUUGGCAAUCUGUUGCAGAGCAUGUGUGUUACCUUGAAUCAGAUCAAAGUGUGGAUUAUAUCAAAAGCAUACGCUCAUUAGGACCUGUAUGUGAAUCUGUUAAUUUGUACUUGAAAUCUCUGACCAAGGAGCAAUUUGCGAUUCAGUAUGCAUCAUGGUUCCACUGGACAAACUGCACAGAGGUAUUUCUUGAAGUGUUCGAUGUUUUACAAGAUACACAAGCUACAGAAGUUGCACUUGGCUUAAUGAAACUAACAUCAAGCUUGGAGCGAGCCUUGGGUGAUGUGUAUUUACUUAAGGGUAACGACUGUCCUUUCCUCCUUAGAGACUUGCUUGCAUCUGACCAGCUUGCAGAUGUCUUUGGACAAGCUGUAAUGAAUGUACUGAGGGUAUUCAUUGGAUCUCCAUAUGGUCUGAACCUUCGUAAUGUCUUGUGGCAUGGGUUUGCAUCACCACAAGAAAUUCCUGCCAAGUACUGUGCUAUGCUGCUUUUUUUAACUGCAGGAUUGGGUCAGUUGUUACAGACUUAUCUUCUGCAAACUAAAUGUGUUUUAGUACAUCGACCUUAUGUGAUCUUCGUUAGCUUAGAGGAGCUUGAUGCAUUUCCAGAUCUUAGUAAUGAAAUACUGUCCAUAGCUGAAGAACUUGUAAAACAGUCCAGUUUUGUAUUAAAAAUAAUGUUACCAUUUUGGAUUGCUGCUUUAACAGCUUUCAAGCAAAGCAAGUAUGCUGACAGUGUGAUUCUCUUACUUCCUCAGCUGGAAGUUGGACUUAGAUUGCUCUUCACUACAACUAAUAAAUGUCCAAAUCGAUUGCUAACAGCAGAGUCUUCUGCUCUCUACACCACUUUCGAUGAGAUGCUAGCAAAGCAUUUGGAUAAUGAAGAAGUCAACCAGCUACCUGUAGUUCUUGAGGAGCCUGCCAUGGACUUCCUUUGGGAUAUCUUGAACCACCAGGAGGGCCCACGUAUAAGAGAUCGUUUAAGCCACGGAGAGAUCAAUCUAAGAACAAUUCCCAGAGAAGUAGCUAACCAGAUAGUUGGAUUUGCAGUUACUAUUCUCUACAGAUUCUCAGAUGAGGAUAUGUUUUCUCUUAAGGAACACAUGGUCAUAAAACCAUUGACGAACUGUGCAAGUUGCUACCGGUCUCGAUUUCAUCCAAUUUCCCGACUCAAGAAACAGGUGCUGGAAUGUAUGAAGAGCAUCCACUUAUGGCCUGAAUUGCCAACAGUGCCUGAGGAACAAGUACAAAUUAUUAAAGGGUUGGAAGGAAAUGCUGAAGCUAAUACUUUAAUUUUGAUGGUAUCUGAAAUUAUAUCUCAAUUGCAUCAUUACAUGCCCCAGAAUUGCUGCUGUUCAGAUGAUCUAAUCAAUAGUGUCCUAACAGAGAGGCUGCUGAUGGAACUUUGUGAUACGCGUAUUUGCACACUCUAUUCCCCACGACCUGUCCUGGAAGUAGUGGUGGUACUCCGCAAAAUAAGCACGCAGUGCCAUCAAGUGUCCCAACAGGUUAUUGCCGGCGCUGGGCUGAGAUACACGCAGUGGGUGAACAAGACUCUGCGUUCUCGCCAGAGGCACAACUAUCUACGGAUGCUGAACAGCAUUAAAUUUUUAUCUCCAGCAUUGCGGCUCAUCUUACUAUUGAUUACUCUGGAACUAGUCAGUGUUCAUUCAGUUUGUAAGAAGAAUCCUUUUGAUUAUCAGCAGUAUCUAAAGUUUUUGAAGUCAGUCUUGCAGUACACUGAGAACUUGGUGACCUACACAAGCCCUGAGAAAAACAAGUGGGAUGAAACCAUGGAACUUACAAACAAGAUUUUGAUAAAAAUAAGGAAAAUCAGUGACAGAAAGCUAAUGUUAAUGCAUCUAGCUACGUGAACUAAAUGGGCUUAUGAUUGUCUGGACAUUGUUAUUUCUAAAUAGUUAUGGAGACCUCAUAUUUGAUCCAUCUAAUUCAAAGACAAACUUCAUCAGUCAUUGUCAAAUUUUGGAUGCAAAAUUUGGUCUUUUUAUUAGAAGGUAGCUGUUGAUACUGGAGAUGAAGGAUCAAGCUUCCAGAGAAUGGGUUGUUUGUCAAAUCCACUGGAAAAGAUUUACUGUGAACUAAAUCAGGAUGAUACAAGUUCUACUGUAAAUAUAUUUUGUGGUUUGUACAUUGAUUUUUUUAUAUUUUUUAAAUUUCCUACUGUACUGAAAAAUGCCUAAGAAAAAAGUGUGAAUAAAAGCUCUGGAAAUUUUUAAAUCCAAAAACUAAUUUUUUACUUUGGAAUACAGAUAUUAUGUCAGAGACUGUGUUCAACACAUUAAGAAAUUAUGAACUUUUAGUGUAAAAUAGUGCUUAUUGGCAUCUGUAGUUGUUUUUAGUUGUAAAGAGUCUGAUCUUGCUCUGAACUCUGAGGCAGAGCUGGUAACACAGUAACCAGUUGUUUAUAUAUGAGGAUUUAAAGGCGACAGGAUGGAAUAACCUCUGCACGGUAUGUGUUUGGUUUAAUUUCAUCUGCUCAUUCCAAUACAUAUUUAUUUAGUUAGUUAAUUUCAUACAGAAUGAAUAUGAACAUGCACAUGCUCACAGACAUGUAUUCACUGCAGUUUAGAAAGCUAUUCUCUUAUUGCACACAAUAUUAAUUUGAAUACUUUAUUUCUUCAAAAUAAAUUCUCCCUCUUUUUCAUCACCAAAGAGAAGAACUUGAAAGGAAUGCAUAGGUUGAAGAACAGAUUAACAGAAAACCACCAGUGUCUCUCCAUUUGCUUUCUCCUAUGGAGAGUAAAACCAGAGGGUAGUCUCUGGAGAAUGUUUGGCUCUACAAAGGAUUAAAGAUUCAAGUUACAUUUUAAUAAGCUUCUUUGCAAUGUUUCUUGACUGGAAAUCACAGCUAGAGAAUUACUAGUUUGGUUUAUUCAUUGUGGGGGAUGGAUAUAAACUAAGAACAUAUUGCUUCCUUUAUGCUCCUCUUGAAGUAUAUUGGGUGUAUUUGAAAUUGAACUUUGUCACUUUCCAAGGGUUCUUUUCUUGCUGUGAAACUAAAUUACGUGAAGAAGUUUGAACUAGAUAAAAUAGAUUAAAUGUAGAAAUAGAGAAGAAUUAAUCAAAUGUAGUGUAUGAGCCACAGUGUAAAAUUUCAGCUUUUUUUAAAACCUGAGUCAGCAAAUCCUAAUUAUAUUUUUGAAGGCUUAUUUUGUACUCAUUGACUUUGCUCAGAUGUAUUAACUUUGUUAAGUGUGUCUUGGUAGUGACAUUUAUGGUGACACUUGCUUUGAUGGUGAUAAGUAUUCUAAGGCAAAAAUCAUUUAAGUUUUAUGUAUUCAUUGUAGGAAAGAGAUCAAGAAAUUAACACAUUUUGAAAGUACAUAAAUGUUUUGAAAGUAUGUAAACGGCUGACACACUUUCUCCUUUUGAAAGUGCAUUCAUGUACUAAAAAGCACCUUAUAGACCACAGAAGUGUAUUUUCAACAACAUAAGUUCUCCUUUUGUUGCUAUAUUUAAACCUUGGUAAAAUGAUCUUGCAUUCUGUUCACUUUAUUUGCUUUUACCUAAGAUGGAGCACAUUGACAGUUUCUUCUUUCCUAAUUAGUGCCACAGAUGCGAUUUGCUGGUAUAAGUUUGCGUUAAGAAGCAUGAAGGAUUUCUGGCAACUGUCAAAGAUGCUUUUUCAGUUUGUUUUCCUACCUCUGCAGCUCUCUGAUGGGAGCACUGCUACCAUCUAUUGUUAAACAAAUCUGGAACAGGCUGGGACAAUCCAGUUAUUUUUUCUGACUUAAUGCUGUCAUUUGCCAGAAGGGCUUAUGCGCGCAGGGCUUAUGGCUUAUGACAGCCCUGCAUGUCAUUUGCAUGCGGGGCUUACAGAUUUUUCCUGCUGUUAAAAGACUUGUGGAAUAGAGCUAUAGAAUAAGUGUAUAUCCUACAGGGCACAUUGAAGAACAAAUGGCAAGAGAUAUGGUAGAGGUCAUUGUGUUUGUCCUUUAUCAGGUACUUGCUUUUCCACUUAAAUUACUCAUCUUUGCCAUCUCUUUUGAAUCACUUUUAAGAUAUUAGAAAGAGUCUAAACUCUGAACAUUUGGUAUUCCUGAGAGCAAAAGAAGCUUGGAAUAACAAUGUAUCUAGAUAUAUCUAGAAUUAUACCAAAGAAUGUUUUCUUCCAAGUGUGGUAUUUCAUCCCAGUAUUACUUGGAUCUGAUUUAAUUGUUGGCCUUGCUUCCUGAGGCCUGUGUUUUCCUUGAGGUAUUCACUGAGUGAAUCUAUAUAGACACAGAUGUGGAAUUUCAGCACCCCAUGAGGAUAAGUGUUGAAUUAUUUUGUUUACCUGGAUAAUGCUAAUGAGGGAAUGAUGAUUCUUAAGUCACUUAUUCCAAGUUCAAUUAGUCAAUUUAUCACAGAAUCACAGAAUACACCAAGUUGGAAGGGACCCACAAGGCUUAUCAAGUCCAGCUCCAGGCCUUGCACAGAACCAUCCCCAAGAGUCACACCAUGACCCCAAGAGCAUUGUCCAAACGCUUCUCGAACUCUGUAAGGCUGGUGCUCUGACCACUGCCCUGGGGAGCCCAUUCCUACAGAUGGAGUACAUUUUUCUAAUAUCCAGCCUAAACCUCUCCUGACAUAAUUUCAAGCCAUUCCAAUGUUUGUGAUUUUUGGUACCUUCUAGGGAGCAUCAGGAUCAACUAAAAGGUCACUGAGGUGGGCUUGUGUACUGCACAAAUACAAUGAAAUAUCUUUUAUGGUAGGCAUCUUUGUGUAGAAACAAAGCUCGUACUUUAUGUCCUUUCAGUCAUUCUCUACUUUGUGCUCUCAGUGGCGAUAGGAGGGGUUAGAAACAAAACCAUGUGUUCUUAUUCAAACAUGAUACCGGCGACUAAAAGUAAUUAAAACCUUUUUGGGAUUGUCAUCACUAUUGCAUUAUACAGAAACGUUUAUGUAAGAGAUAGAGCAACAAAUUUGAUUUACUUUAUCUUUUAAAAUCCAUCCCAUCUAGCGGUUUUCAAGCAGCCUGACGGCCUUUGAAGUGAACACAUGGUGGCAGUGUUUGGUAAUUCAAAAUAGUACUCCGUGCUGACCUUCACUUUCUUAUCUCUUUUCUUAGGAUAUGUAUAAAAAAAAUCAAGUUUUCUUCUGAUUUCA